UGCCAUUCUCAAACACACAAGAAAAGUACAAGAAAACAAGCAAUUGGUAUAUUUAUAUAUAAAGAGAGAAAUAAAGAAGAUGGCAAAGGGAGCAGCUUUCUACGUUCUGGUUUUGGCAUUGGCCAUUGUGUUUGUAAUGGACUUCGCUUACUCGGACAUGCGAAUGGCUAUGGAGAAUGUGCAGGAUAAAGCAAGCGAGGCAGUGGGAAACGCAAAGGAAACAGCCACAGAUGCCAUUACUACGAAAGAACAAGAGGCCAAGGAUGUAUUGAAGGCCACAGGCGAUGGUGCAGAUAACAUGAAAGACAAGACUUGGAAUUUCUUUGGAGGCGUUUUCAGUGGGAAAGAUGAGAGCCAGGGUCCAUCACCAUCAGCAGCACCAACUGCAGCAUAGACAGAUUAAAGGGAUUGGUUGCACAAUGUCUUCACUUCUGCAACUGAUGUUUAAGCCUUGAGGGGACCUCGAUCGACUUAAAGUUUUGUGCUCUCUAUUAGUUCUAUAAUAAACCUAUUUUGGUUGUGAUUAGUUUUUUUUUUUUUUUUGGGUUAAAAAUAAUUAGUUCCUUAUUUGAUGUUAGGAACUAAUUUCUUAUCUUUUACCGCAGAAAAUGCAGUAUUUCUGUAAAUAAACGUUAUUAUUUUUAAUGUACCUCAAGUUUGGUGCUUUUUAAAGCAA